UGUUUAGUAAGGUCAAAGAAUGACAUAAGAGUUAGCACGGCUGCUACUUUUACUUCCGGUAUGGAACUGAGGUUAUUUUGAAGAAGUUAAUGAGCGAAAGGAGGCGAGAGUUUCUUCUAUUUUUAUUUCUGGUAGUCCUCCGGAGCGGUGAGUGGUGCUGUGCCGCCUCAGUGAACACCAUUCUCCCGUCACGUCACCGGAGCUCCAGCAGCGGGGCCGAGUUGACACCUCUGGCGGCCUCACGGGAGCCUCUGGCCGGCUGAGUUCACGCCCACCGAGCCCGCAGGUGUGGAGAGAGCGAGGCCGGAGAGAGAGAAUGGCGGACUGACGCGCUCCUCCUCCCCUCCCGGAGGCCAUUAUGAAGCCAGCGAGAAGCGAGCAGCAUCAGGCCUAACUUGGCUCCGCGCAGCCAUUCACGGACGAGUAGGCGGGUGACCUCAGGAGGAGGAGGAGGAGGAGGAGGCGGUGGGCGGGCGACGACGGUGCGUGUGGCGGCUGGCUGACGCGCACUUGGCCGCGGCUCGUGCUGGCUGUCACACGAGGAAGUGAAGCCGUCCGAACACGCCCAUCCUCGCACGGAUUCAAACAUGCACCCUGGCUCGGAUGGAGGACGCGGCCGCGACGCGCUGAUAUCUGGAGCCUGCUAAAGUCUUGAAUAUGGACAAGGAGCUGGUCGGUCCCAGCCAAUCAGAACAUGGACCUGCUUUCGACCCGUCCAACCCGCCGGCGCCCACACCCCCACGCCUCACGCCCAACCCCAUGCUGCUGGACUCCCCGGUGCCAUCGCAGACGCCCGUCACCUCCUCGCCGCCUCCCCCUCUCACCCCGGCGCCGUCCCUCUCCGUGCCCAAGAUGGUGGCGGCCAGGACUUCCUCCCCGCACGUCCUCGUCCCCGCGCCGCCCAAACUGACCUCGACAACGGGCGCCCCCCUCCGCACCUACGCUCGGCCCAUCCUUCCCGCCGCCUCGAAAACAACUUUGUCGUCUCCUUUUCCCGCCUCUGGUGAUGUCACUUCUCCUUCUGCCACUUCCUCUUCGACAGUGACCACCUUGUCAACAAAGACUUCCACCACGCUGACCAAUGGGGACACCAGGACCGUUUCCACGCCGACCUCCAACACAAUCACACCCUUCCACACUCCGGCCAGUCCACCUGGGAGACAGGCGUCGCAGCCUCUUCCCGUGAGCUCCGCCGGCAUCGUGCGAACCAAUCAGAGCGCCAGCGCUGUCAGGCAGAGGGCGUCCCAGCAGGCCUUGCUCCUAGGGAAAGGUCUCAAGGGGUCUGGACAAGACCAGGUGCUGCUACGAGCUCAGAUGCUCAUUCUCACAUCCGCAAUGCGACCUGGUCCUUCUUCCUCCUCCUCUUCGUCCUCCGCUAACCCCGCCUCAGCUCAGCUGCAGAGUCUCACCUUGAGGCCGCCGCCCCCGGGGGCCCUCGCCAUCCCGCCCUCUCUUUGUCUCAAGCCACCCUCCUCGUUGUUGCCUCCCCUUUCCAGGCCUCAAACGGCGCUCUUUCCACCUCUGCGGCCGCGACCACCAGCCAGCACCACGACGACGGAGAGCUCGGCCACGCCAGGUCGCCACCUGGCCGUGCCCCCUCCAACGCUCUACUCUCCAGUUCGAGCCGUCCCUCUCCGACCGAGACUUCAUUCCGUAAAAGCGGCGUCCCCGAGGGUCACCUCACCUCUUCAGAAGAUGACCGCGUCCUCCCGGGCUUCCCCCGUCGGGUUCAAGAGCUGCUCUGCACCCCAAAGCAAGACGGGCGCCAACCAAUCCCAGCUCAGCAGCCUCCCCGCCUCCUUCGAGUCGUCGCCGUCCGCAUCCAGGCAGCUCCAAAUCAUCGCUUUCUCUUCAGCUCGCCAACCGCCGUCUUUCCCGCAAACGUCUGCGGUGGUGACGUCGCCCGAGCCAAGCAGCCAAUCAAAGAGGACUUUGAGCGGACACAAAGCGCUUUCCCUUCCUCAAAGCCCCUCGUCGCCUCCCCGCCUGCAGCCACAGACCCUGAGCCCAAAAGGGGGCGGGGCCAAGGAGAGCGACGGGCAGCCAGGAGGAUUCAAAGAAGGAAGCGUGGCUGAAAAUGACCAAAGAGACAAAGGUGAGGAGGAAGGAGACAAGAUGGAGCAGGACGUGGCUGAGGAAGGUCCGAGUAAGAUGGAGGUGCGAGAGGAAGGAGAAGAGACCUCUUCACUUGUCAAUCAAACAUCAGAAACGGUCAAAGACUCCAAGGCAGAACCAGAAACCAUCGCAGAUCCGGUUCUAGAGCCACUUCCAGUCCAGAAUCAGUCUCCAGCCCUUCCUCGAGACCUCCAGAACCCGAGCCAAGAGGACAUCAGUGAGAACAUGUCCGACAACCAUUCAGCGCUGUCCAGCCUGUCCUCACAGUCUCCGCCCUCCUCGCCGUUCAUUGGCUCUUCUUUGGAGGCCCCGCCCCAGCCGGUCAACCUCAGCCAAUCAAAGCACGGGGCCAGCAACGGGAAGCAAUCAGUCGGCGUAACGCAGCUCGAACCUGAGCCUCGUGACCAAUCGGAAGAGGCGCAAGUGGGCGGGGCCUGGAAGCCGAGGGCGUGGCCUGAAGGUUGUCAGGUCUUGACCCACCUGGUGGAGGGAUUUGUCAUCCAGGAGGGGCUCCAACCUUUUCCUGUAAACCGCUCUUCGCUGCUGCUCCCUGAGAAGACCGCCCAGCCCCAGGAAGUGAACGGGACCAACGGCAAGGCGGCGCUGCCUGUGACGGAGUCCUCGGAAGCAGUCGAGCACUCCAGUGACUCGGACGAGGAGGCAGCAGACAUGGAGGACGCCGCGACGCGAUCUGGCCACCGGGACCGGGCCGUGCUCCACUGCCAGUUCUGCGGCAAGAGAGGCCACGCCCACAACUUCAUGCGGUCCAAGCGCUUCUGCUCCACUUCCUGUGCUCGAGGGUUCAACGUCCGCUUGACGAAGCGUUUGCGGGCACUGAGCACAGGCAGCCGCACGGAGAGGCCCCGCCCAGUCCUGAACAGGGCGGAGUCAGUCCCUGGGAAACCUCUCUUACUGCGACUGCCUCGUGAUCUGUGGAGCGCCGGGCGCCGUGAAAGGGAGGACAAGGAAGAGAAAGUUAUAGCAGCCCAGGAGGAGGAGCAGGAGGAGGAAGAGGAUGACGAGGAGGAAGAGCAGGAGGAGGAGAUGGAGGUAGGAGGAGAAGAAGAGGAGGAAGAGGAUGAUGAAGAAGAGGAGGAACCACCAGUCGCCAUGACCACCAGGAUAGAGAAUCAGGGGUCGGGGAGAAGGAGUUCCGCCGUGACCACGCCGACAAGCACCUUUGAGCCCACCCCUUGCCAGUGGAGUGUGGAGGAAGUAACAAACUUUAUUCGCACGCUGCCAGGCUGCGGUGAGGUGGCCGACGCCUUCAGGCUGCAGGAGAUCGACGGCCAAGCUCUGCUGCUGCUGACCGAGGACCACCUCAUGACCAGCAUGAACAUCAAGCUGGGGCCCGCGCUCAAGAUCUGCGCUCACAUCAACGCGCUGAAGAACCAGUGAGAAGGCGGGGCUUCAUUCAAGGGGGGGGCGGGGCAUGAUGUUUUUGAAGAAGCACCAAGACUGUAAUUGCACGAGGCACAUUUUUGUCAUGUGUGUAAAUCAGACAAGCUGCUGGAGAGUGCACACUUGAAGGAUUUUCAACAUUUAAUAUAUAUAAAAUAGUUUUUUUUGUUUUUUUUUAGAACGUCAUGUCCAACGACAAAUCUAUCCUGUAGCUCUACCAUAACUGUGUGUACAAAAACAUUAUAAUAGGUGAACUUUGUACGUGAGUCAUGAAGAUGUCCUGUUUUUUAUUGCAAUAUUCUGGACGAGAGAAGAAAAAAAAAGUGACUAUAAGAAGGGAGACUGCUGUCUGUCACAUUUUUAUGGUAUCUUGCCUGAAAAUAUUUAAUAAAGCAACAAAUGCUAAAUUUUA